AUGACUGAGUAUAGCCUUCCCGACUCUACAUUGAACAGUGGAAGAGUUUUGUUCAAAGACUAUGUUCUUUGCCACAUCAAGAAGAAGAAACCACCACAAACCAAUCACUCACAAUCACGGGACAGCUUUCAAGAACUAAUAGAGGGUGACUUGUUAACCAUGUUAGCUGAAGAUCAUUAUCAUUUUGAAGCAGCUCUGUCGCCACCAUACGAGCAGAUUGCAUUGGGUGUCCCUGUUGCCCAGUUUGAAGGAUAUCCAUAUCAACAACACAUGAGCAUGGUAGUUACCCCUGAUUUUGUAGAAGAUGAUAGUGAAGCUAUUCCCCAGCAAGCAAUCAACAAUGAGCCGAGCCUUUCGGUGGCCCAACUUGAAGGAUAUCAGUAUGAGGAAUACAUGAGCCGUAAUAAUAACAUGGGGACAACACUAGUUGUGCAAUGUGGAUCCAUCGUAGUUGCAUCAGUGGCACCCCCAAUCAAGUGCUGGUGCUUUAUAUUAUGGUGGAAGAACCGGAUUUGA